AUGGCACCCAAAGCCUCGCAAGAAGUGUCCACCUGUCAAACUCGUCCCACGAAUGCCAAUGCUCAUCCUGGCAGGCCUAGCUCGAAGGUCACUGACGACCCACACACAAACAAAAGCCCGGAACAGAAGAGCGCACAUAUUCAGAAGGCUGCUGAACAGAUUGCUGGUAUCGAGGAUGAUAUGGAGGCUCUUGAAGCUAAAGUGCAGGGAGGUAUUAAGGCAAAGCCUGUUUGUCCUCGUCCUCGUCCUGUCGCCAAAGGCAAAAAAACCUCUAGCACAGAUAUUACUGAUGAUGGUCAAACCACUUGUGUUGAUGCAGAGGACACUCUAUUGAGUGAUGGAGAAGCUGAAGUUGUUGGUGGGAAGGAAAAGAAAGAGAAGGCAGUAAAAAUUGCCUUGAAUGAUAAGAAAGGCAACAAGGCGCCUUUGUCUCUUAUCAACAACUGGGCUAACAAUGUACCAGCUGAACCAAAGUCUGCUACACCAAGCUCCAUAUCAAACAUCUUUUCUGCUUCUCACGCUGCAACCACUCCGCCCUCAUCGGUAUUGACCACCAGUACCAAGACCAGUUCCAAGGCCAAACCUGCGCACAUCAAUCAGAAGCAAUCAAUUAGCGCACCUGAGUCCAACGAUGUCCUCAUGGUCAGCAACAAUAGUCUUGAUGACCCUGAGGCUCUUGAACAGCAUCCAGCUGUACUGCCUAGGAAGAAAGGGAAACAGGCGAUUAAAAAGUCUACUUUAAUUGUUCCCACCAGCGAGAGUGACUCUGAGCCUGAGCAGAUAAUGUUUUCUGCUCAGCCUGGUAGUAUCAAGUGUAAGGCUGAUGAUGACGGGGAUUUUGUUGAUGAGACUGCGUCUGAGGCCACUGAUGAUACUGACUUUUCAGCUGAUGAUUUACAGGAAAGUCUCUUGCCCAAGGUUAGAUCAAUUCCCACCAUUGAGAAGGGCCAUGUUUCUCGCAAAACUACAUCAACAUCUACUAUUGUAUCUCAGAGCGCUACCCCUCCACCAUCCAAAAAGUUGAAGAAAGAAAGCUCUGAGGUUACCAGCUGCAGUGAUCUUGUGCCUCCACCCUCAACCCAAGUCCCAGCGGGUUAUUAUGAUGAUGUUGUACCUCCUCCCAGCACCCAAGUCCUGCAGGUCUCACAGAAGGCUACUGCAAAGGAGGUUGUUAAGCCGCGUGUUACGACUUGGAUGGUAUCUGUUGGCGACGCUCAAACAGAGUGUAUGUUGUCAACGGUUGAGGACGUCCUUGGGCUAGCCCAAGGUUAG